UCCGGGAAGGAAUCCCAUGUGGUGACAUGAGCUGACCUCACACUGGUGGCUCCAAGUCAGAACCCACACAUUCUGAAGCAGGCAGAGCUUCUUAGUUCCACAGAUAAACAUAGGGCAGAUGCUGGACUACAGCUAAAUAUAUCCUUUCACCCAUAUGAUAAAAGACUAACAAUUUUUGAGUGAUGGACAGGGUUCAAAGUUCUUUCAUCUUUUUAGUUUUGUUUUUAACAGAAUGCCCAUUUCAUUUAUGCUUGCCUUAUGCAGGCUAUAAACAGUCACAAACACGCACAAGUGUCACCAAACAGCCCACAUGGUCCUCUAAGGAAACUCAAUUAUCUCCGAUUCAAGGGGCUUCCUCAAGACCCAGAGAUGAUGGGAAGAGUGAUACACCUGAGCCUCCAAAGAACAACCAUGGUUUUAUAGCGCACUCGAUAGCCCCAAAUACGGACACCUGGAAUGCAGCACUGAUUCCGCGUAGACCUGCUCUUGUCCAGGUCAUUGUGAUCGCCGGGGUUGCCCUCAGCAUCGCCCUGAUCUGUGGGGUCGUUGUCUUCUAUGUGGUGUAUCGACUUGUACAGGCUGAGGAAAGACAACAACUUGCGUUGCUUUAUAAAAAUGUCAGGAUACCAUUAUUAGGAGAGGAAGAGGAAGUCUCCGAGGAUGAGGGCCAGGACGAGUCCACUUACCUACUUCCAGAGAAUGAGAAGGAGCUGGAAAAGUUCAUUCAUUCAGUUAUUAGAUCGAAAAGAAGACAACAACUCGAAAAGAAGAGCUUGAAGAAGGAGCACAAUUUUGUCGAGCAAAUGAAAAUAGAGCAUGCUGUGUCUGCUGCAGAGAUGGGGACUGAGGGUGCCCACCAGCCGGGCGCGGGGUCAGCUGGCCAGUGAGGCAAGGACUGCGGGGCCACCGGCCCAGGGCGACCGUGCGCGCCACCUACUCCGUCUGCAGAGGCCUCCCUGAGCGUGAGAAAGAAACUAGAAGUGCAUGACAGAAAAGAAAUGCAUGUGCUAGAGCAAUUCCUGCUUCUUAGCUCUCGUAGUUCAUGAAUAAUUAUUAUCAUUUAAUCGGAAAAGAGAAAAAUCCAACUUCCUAAGUGUGAAAAAGAAAUUGUCUGGAUUUUCUUUUCUUGCUCCUAAUCAGAAACUCAAGCACUCUCUCUGGGCAGUCUCCCUGACGGUCCUGGGAAACCGCUUUCAUUAAACAAAACUUUCUCAGUGAUACUAUCUGUUGACUGAAAUAAAGAAUCUAAGCAUGGGUUAAUUAAAGGAAUUUAUUUGAUAAUCAAAGUGAGGAAUUUGAAUCCUAGAAACAGUCCAAGAGAGUGUUGAGGACCUGCUCUGAGGUCUACAGGUCUGAUGCAGUUGACAUACUUUUUAACAAAGCGGUGACGUGCAGGAAAGGGCUUACACAUCUAGCAGUCAGUCAUCCACUUCAAGGAGAGCAAGAGCUGUUUGUUUACACAUCAAACCAAGCUUGUAAUGUCGGCGUUGGUGUGGAGGGAGGCAAGGAGCAAGGUCGUCACUCUUUCCUUCAACCUCUAAGAAAUGCAGCUGGGAAAUGUGAGAAGGAUGUUCUCUCCUUUCUGACUCAUCCUGCUGGCAUCUGGAGUCGUGAGAUGAGGGGCUGCAAGGUCAUUAGACCCAGGCGUGUGAGGUCUGCACGGCUGCUUCACAGCACAGCAUGGAUUUUACUGAACUGACUUUAAGCCUAUGCAGCUUGCUUUUAGAUUUGCCUGUUAGACCAGGGAGAGGGGUCCCAGUUUCGUUCAUGUGUUGAUCAAUUCCAGUAACUGUCUCCAUUUUACGCAUGAGGAGACUGAGAAUAUCAAAAUAAAUAUGACGCCAGAUUAAGAUACAGUCUUCCUGUUUUUAAGA